CCCUCCCUGUGACAGCUCCGCCCCUAGCGCAGGCUGCGCCAGCUGCACACGCCGGCACUUGCAGCGGGCACUGCGAUGGUGAAGCUGCGGGAUAAGGUUGCUGCUAAAGCCGCCGCACGAACCAGUCCAGCCGGGGAUGUGGUGAAGGCAGAGAAGGAUGCGGGGAGCGCCGCUAGUGAGCCGGUGUCGAGGGCCCUGACUCCGAGCAACAGCGUGGAGUUUGCCGAAGCCCGGCGGCGGCUGCUGGAGUUGGAGCGGCGGCAGCUGCGGGUCCGGGAGCUGGAGGUGGGCUUGCAGCAGCUGCACGACAUGUUAGUGACAGCCGAGCUGGAGGCAGUGGAACACGGGGAGCUGGUUAACCGCAUCCGGAUCAGGACUCAGCAGGGAGAGGCCGGACUCGUCGCCCGCAGCCAGAGCAUCAAAACCCGCCUCAAAUGCAGGGGGCACCGGGCUCCCUUUCUGGUCGCCGCCGCCUUCGGGCUCCGCGGCUGCGUCCCUUGGUCUAGUAAAUGAAGCGAGGGGCCGAGUGGCCGCAGGUCGGUGGCGUUGUUCUUUGGGUCCCCGUAUCUUAUCGACGUGCAGAAUGUAAAUCAAAAUAAAGAAAAAUCUAGUUAACGCAGU